AUGAAUAAUAAAAAAAUUCCGAUGUCAUCUACGCGUCGUCGUCAAUUAGAUGAAACAUUUCGUCGUUUAACUCGACAAUGUGAACAAAGAGAUUCCUGUCAAAAAUAUUUACCAACAAUAUCAUUAAAAACUGAUAAUUCAUUAGAACAACAACAACAAAAAGAAUUAGCUGAAAUAGAUAUGAUUAAUUGUGUACGUCGAUGCAUAUCAUAUUCAUGUUAUAAAGAUAUUUAUGAAAAAGACCCACUUGAACGUGGGGAAAUUGAUGCUAGAUCGAAUCAAUAUAAAAACUGUUGGAUUAAAGAACAAAAAGAAUAA